GUUUAUGACAGAAGAGUUUUUAUGUAUUCUGUAGUAAUUUAAUUUGACCAAAUUAUGUAUUCUUCUUUUAACUUUUUUUUGUUUUUUCUCAAUGUUAAUCAAAUUAUCUGAUAUAAAUGAUUGACUUAUUAUUUUGAAUUUUGAUAUAAUAAGGUGGUAUAUUUUGAUAUAAUAAGGUGGUAUUUCAUGUUUUUCUUCUAGAAAUUGAUUUUUUGAAACAGUAAUUAAUAGCUUCAAUUAUGGAAUAUACUUGAAAUGUUUUACAAUAUUUCCAAUGGAGAAACAUUGCUUAUAACUCUUCUAUUUGAGUUUUUCUCAAUUGUAAUAUUCAAUAUACUACUUAUGAUUCUGAUUUCAAAUUCACACAAGCUUUCAGAAAAUGUAAUCAUUGGGAUUUAAUGUAGGUUAAUUUAUAUGCAUGUCGAGGGAGAGUAAAGAAUGAACAUAAUCUGUUGAAAUAUUACAAUUACUAAAUUAUGAUACACCAAUAAAAAGCAAUAAUGCUUUUAAGCAAAUUUGCUCGUUAUGUAUUUUUAUUGAUAAACAGUACUCAAUUCUUUAAAAUGAUUGGGGAAGGACCAACAGGCACAGCCCAAAACUGUUUCAUCCCCGAAUUUUCAGUAUUGCGCUAGAACUCGUAGAGAACGGACGUAUAGUGGAGUAGUAAUAGUGUAGUGUAGAAGUAGUGAGUCAGCAGUUUGUUCGCGAUUAAAAGUGGAACAAAAAUAUUGCAUCGAGUAUCGGUCGUCAACCGCGGUAUUUUAUGCAAGCGAAGCGACCUGCUUUUCGCGGCGGUAAUAUAGCUCCGUUCGCGUUUCCGUGUGCGUGAGUGUUGAUUACGAGUGCUGUUUGAAAUGUAUGGUAGCGAAAUCGCACUAUGUCCGACUUAGUGAAGCCACCAAGUUUUCCUGCAUCAGAGCAAGAAGAAAAGGAAGCCACUAACGAGAGCAUGGACACCAACAACAUGGCAAAUACACCAGAAAUCCAGUGUUCACCGGAUCAAUACAUCAAAGCAAAUAAACUCAAAUCUUCAGCUGAGCAGGUACUUUUCAUCGCCUGGAAGGAAUCUGAUGAGAAGAGGAAGGAGCUAGAGAGAAGCAACGCCGAACUCUUGCAAAAAAUGCAGGAUUUGGAAAAAAGAUUUCUCAAUAUUGAGAAAAAGAUCCAUAGCCCACAGCCUA